UCACCAUUAUUUUACCCCUAAUUGACGGGUUUAUCUUGUUUCUCUGAUCAAUUAAUUAUUUAUUAGCUUAUACAUUAGAAGGCAAAGAUGAAUACAGAAACUCUUUGGGAUUUGUUUAAUGCUUGUGAUGCUGAUGGUUCAGGUUAUAUUGGAAGAGAUGAAGUUCGUGAUAUUUGUUCCAAAUUUUCAAUUGAAACCGAAGAUGCGGAUGGUAUUUUCGAGAGUCUCGAUCGAGAUGGAGAUGGACAAAUUAGUUUUGAAGAUUUUAAAGAAGGUUUUAAAGAUUAUGAGAGAGAUUUUUCAACGAAUCCAUUAGCUGACAAAAUGAGACUUUUAAGAGCUGCAACCAGCGAUAACAACAAUAAUCAAGAACCAAAUGAUCUACUAACCAUCGAUAAUUCUCGUCAUGCAUCAAACCUUAAACGAGUUCGAUCAUUUACAAGACGAAUCAAUCGAGCAUUGGAAGCUGAAGAGCCAAUCGAACCAGAGAAACAAGCAAAAAUGAUUGAAGAGUUGAUGGAUAGUUUAAAGAAAUUAAAAGAGGAAAAUGAAACAUUGGCCAAAUCAUAUUUAAGGGAGCGACGUGAACAUGAGGAACAUCUUUACAGGAUUGAACAAGAUGUCGAUAGUCAAGUACGUCAGGUCGAACAACGAGUAACUGAAAGAGCUAAACAAGAGAUUGAAGCUGAAAGACGAUCAUUACGAGAAAUGAUGAAAGAUGAAAUGUUACAACUACAGUCUCAUCUUUCAAUGUUUGAAAAGGUUGAAAGUUGGCUGAAAAAUUCACACUCAGCAAUGGAAAAUGAAAGAUUGGGUGAAUUCAAAUCUAAAUUGGAAGAAGCUUUAGAAGAGAAUCAUCAAAUGAGAUUAUCUUUACUGGAUACCCAAACUACGGUUGCCAUGAUGAGAAGUGAAUUGGGACAAUUAAAGACUUUGUAUGAGCAACGGUGUAAAGAAUUGAAUCAAGAAAGGGAAAAGGUUUUAGAGGUUGUCCACAAUCAAGAUUAUUUAACCCGACAGUUGAUGAGUUUACAAAAUGCAAAUAGCAGAUUUCAAGAGAUAGCUGAUAGCAUCCAAGAAAGUGACAGUUGGGGUCCAAAUUCAAUGCCAUCAAACUCUUCCAACGAAAUGCCAACCAGGAUGAAAAAAGGUUCAAUAGUUGGAGAUUAUUUAGGUUUAAAUAUUGAUAAGCGACCAGCAAUGUCUAAAAAUUUGUCAAAACUUGAAGAGCUUAUUAUCAGAGAGGAAGAUUCUCGUCAAGGUAAAUCAAAUGAUUCAUCAACUUGGAAUUCCAAGGAAGACGAAAAUGACAGUGGAUUGUCAACAAUUACUCGUGAUGAUCAGGAUGAACUUAUAUUUCCAUCCACAUCUAGUCUUGCCUCACCAGCUUACACUCGCGAAACAGGUUUUCAUGAAAAACUUUCACCUGCAAUAUCUAUCAAUCAAGAUGAUCGUGAUUCGCGAUGUUCAAGUGCAAUCGCAACAGAGGAUGAUUUACUCGAUAUACCGGGAAUCAAAGAGAUAACUGGUCCAGGGGAAUCAUUGUAUAAUUUAAUUUUCAUUGGUGACAUGGCAGUUGGUAAAACUGCAUUAAUUUAUCGACUCGCUCAGAAUCAAUUUUUAGUCAAUCUUUGUUCAACUGUUGGAGUUGACUUUCAUGUUAAAUCCUAUUGUGUUGACAAUAAUAAAAAAAUUACAGUUCAACUUUGGGAUACUGGAGGACAAGAAAGAUUCAGAUCGAUAACCUUAUCUUACUUUCGUAAAGCUGAUGGAGUUAUCCUCGUUUAUGAUAUUACACUUCCAAAAACAUUUCUCAAUGCAAGAAACUGGAUGAGCCAAAUCAAGGAAUGCUCCGAUCGAGAUAUACCUUGUGUAUUAGUAGGCAAUAAAUUAGAUUUGCGGGAUCCAAAUGCUGAUAUUGAGGAUCAAAUAACUUAUGAUAGAGGAUAUAAAUUAGCAGAAGAAUUUAAUUGCCCUUUCUUCGAAAUAAGUGCCAAACAUGGAGUUAAUGUGAUGCAAGCUCUUGAAGCAAUCAUAAGGAAAAUGAUGGAGAAAGAUAACAAAAAAGGAGUAGUUGAUCCUAAAGCAGUUGUUAAACUGGAUGCUAAGUCGGGAUUUUGGGCUAAGAAGAAGUGCUCAACAUGCUGAUUUAUAUUUAUUUCAGUUCAUUUAAGGCUUGCAGAUCCUUCAUCAUAUAAUAAACAGAUUGGAUGAAAAAGAUCUUGAGACUGAAAUGAAUCUGAAAUAUUUGCAAAUUUAUUCACGCAUACUUUCAUCAGCAUUGACAUUCCAUGAAAUAUCCGUCUAUGUAAAUUGCGAUUUAACAUUUUCAGUAACAAUAAAAUCUACUAACUCUAUUA